UCUCGAACAUCAUUCGCAGCACAGAUAAGAACUCCCGAGAAACUGCUGAGGUCAACCACCUUGUGAAAAGGUGCACAUGAGGAAUUAAUUAAUACAGGUCAGAGUUUAGGGGAGUCGUUCCUGCGCUAGUGAAGGCCCGUGCUCAAGCUCCAAGUCUCCAGCCACUCCGAGGCUACACUGCGGCCUGGUGCCUGCCUGAACGCACGUCACCAGGUACAACAACUGGGCUGGUGUCUUCCUGACGACAACAUCUCCAUGAAGCUUGAGACGGGGUAGUCUGAGCCUCUACAACUCUCACACAACAGCGCUCAUGAUGGCGACCAUCAUGUCUGACUUUAAGGACCGCUGCAACGAGCUCGCCCACCCAGACCCGGCCAACUUUGGCAUCUCACUCUUCCUCCUCGUCGGCAUUAUCGUCUCUUACCUCCCGCAACACUACAAGAUCAUAUCGCGCCGCUCCUCCCAUGGCAUAUCCUCCGUCUUCGUCCUUUUGGGCACCGUAUCUGGCACCGCCGGCAUCGCGAACAUCCUCACGCUGCCCAUAAGCCAAGAGGACAUGAUGUGCUGCAAGAAGAUCAGCGACUUUGCGUGUGGUGCGGCGUUGCUAGGGGUAUUCCAGGUGGGCGUGCAGUGGGCGUGUUUCUUCCUCAUACUUCUCCUCUUCCUUCUCUUCUUUCCCCGCUCCUCCACCGACUCCCCAGGCGUUACCGGGAUCUCUGCAUGGAAGGAAGCCCUGGGCGUGCUCUUUAUCAGCAUGGUCUUCUUCCUGACCGUCUUCAUCCUCUCGCUAUUCUUCACGUUUGGACACCGGUCCGCCCUCCAAUCCUGGGCUAACUUCCUGGGCAUCGCUGGUGCGUCCCUUGCAGCCAUACAGUAUAUACCACAGAUCGUCACGACGCUGCGCUUGCAGAACAUUUAUUCGCUGAGUAUACCGAUGAUGUUGCUUCAAACGCCGGGGAGUUUUAUUUGGAGCGCGAGUCUGUAUGCGCGUUUGGGCAAGGCGGGGUGGAGCACCUGGGGUCUGUAUCUUGUGACGGGGUGUCUUCAGGGGGUCUUAUUGUGCAUCGCGAUCGCUUUCUGGUGGAGGGACAGGAACGACAAGAAGUUGACGCAUGCGGAGCAUAGGGACCCGGCGGACGAUCCGGAGCCCAUUGAUGAGAGCACGCCGCUGGAUCCCGAGGGGACGAGGUCGUAUAGUCGGUGAAUGACAUCGAGUUGUCUGUAUGUGCAUAGCAUGUUUAUAGCUACUGGCGUGAUUAUACAUAACAUCAUUGGUACAUAUUGAGUCUCAAGCCUAUCA